GAUAUGGAGAUUAAUCGAGUUUGAAAUUAGAUUCGAUUAAUCGAAUCUAAAAGCAUUGAAAAACUAAUCAAUUUCAUUAAAAAAAGCAUCAAGCGUUGAUCGGCUUUUGUACAGCUAUAUUUGUGGUAGCACAAUUGUUGCUUGAAACCCAAAAAUUGUUUACACGAUAUUAAUUUGAAACGAGAUAAAUAUAUAUUCGGGUGCUGGGAAAAAGGAGAGAGAGAGAGAGAGAGGAGAGAGACACAGAGAGAAAGUACAGAUUCUGAGUGCAAAAGGUGCAAGUACAUGAAAAUUAACAGCGGGAGAAGUGUUGAUAUUCGCAUGGAGUAAUGUUAGUAAUGUGCGAGAAUCGACAGUUUUCCGAAAUAAGUAUUACGUGCUACCCUUUAAUGCAAUAUGGAUAACAUCACGGAUUUUCACAAUAUCACGGACAUCGAAGACGAUUACAAGAUAAAGAGAGAAAAAGAUUCAAUUUCUUUAUUGAAACAGAAAAUGUGUAAGACGCAUGAUUUAAUUAAGCAGUAUGCUAAAAAUAUGAAGCAAAUUAAUGAUUUGAAAUCAGAUUUGGAAAAUGCAAAAAAGGACAAAAAACACAUGAUAACAAAUUAUGGAACUUCUCUGCACAAAAUAAGGGAGUUGGAACUUAAAAUUGGAGAAGACAAAAAAAGAGACGAAAAAAGAGAACAAGAGUUAGAAAACAAGAUAAAUGAAUAUGAGAUAAAAACAGCUGCAGAUAAACAGACUAUACUACAAUUAGAAUGUAAAAUAAAACAGCUGGAGGACGAAUGUUCUGCUAAAGUUAUGGAAUACGAGCUGCAAAAGUCAAUUUUUGAAGACAAAAUUAAAGAUUUAGAACAUGAAUAUAAAAAGUCAAAAGCAAUAUCCAUACCCAAGAAAAAGGAGAAAAAGAUAAUUUCUACAGACUCUGAUAUACCUAAACCAAGUAUAGGUACAAAAUCAACUUCAGAUAUCGGUAUUAAUGUAUCAUUGGGCGAUAACGAAUUGAGCGUAAAACGCAAAGUUCAAGACAAAAGCAUUUUGACUGACGAAUUUUAUAACAUAAAAGACGAUCCACAUCCAUUGUUUUGUGCAAAAUGUGAAGCUCAUUUGUCCCCGGAUUUAACUCCUGAAAAGAUAUGCAAAACCAUGAGCACAUUCCCAGAAUUAAUUGAGAGAGAUUUGUCUCCUCUAUCGAAAAAGAUUUUUUCGCCGCUGUGUUCAUUACCCAGUAAGUAG